AUGUCGCAGAAGGGCGGGAAUGGCAACUACGCCCAGGCUCCCAAGUACAUCAAUGACUUUAGUAAAGCUCUUGCGAGCGAGGUCCGCAUCCUCCUCGCCGAGGUCGGCAAGCUCAGAGACGAGCGUCGGCAGCUGCAAUAUGAGAUCUCCGAGCUCAUGGCCGUCAAGUCCAAGCACGGAGGUGGCGGGGAGUACAACCCCGACUGGAUGCCCAGGCCUUUAACGCCGCUCGUCCUGCUCCACCGUACCGGCCUCUCCACCCGUCCUCGUGCCCUCCUAUCGCGCGUGCAGCACGAAGAGCCCCCGCCCCCGAUGCUGAUGUCGCCCCCGCCCGCGCCGCCGAGCGAGAUGCUCGAGGACAUCGCGCCCGCCCGCCCCGGCUGGCGCACCGUCUACAAGCGCGAAGACCGCCGGGCGAAGAAGGCCAAGGCCCUCCCCGCGCCCGCGUCCCCCGCGCCUCCGCCGCCCCCGGUGAUGCCCCCGCACCACGACAUGCCCGCAUGGGCCCAGUGGAAGCCGAACCCGCUGCUCUCCCCGGCGCCGAUUCCUGGAACGUCAGCCGCUCCGCUCCCGGGAGAUAUGGGGGGCAUGUCUCGGGGCGGGCUCUUCGGUCCGCCAUCGCCACCGCCGGGAAAGUGA